GAGGAAACUUUAACAAUGCGUGAGUGCAUCUCAGUCCACAUAGGCCAGGCAGGUGUGCAAAUGGGCAAUGCAUGCUGGGAAUUGUAUUGCCUGGAGCAUGGGAUCCAGCCAGAUGGUCAGAUGCCAAGUGAUAAAACUAUCGGAGGGGGAGAUGACUCCUUCAACACCUUCUUCAGUGAAACUGGAGCUGGAAAACAUGUUCCUAGAGCUGUCUUUGUCGACCUGGAGCCCACUGUCAUUGAUGAGGUACGCACGGGAACCUACCGCCAACUGUUCCACCCUGAGCAGCUGAUCACUGGUAAGGAAGAUGCUGCCAACAAUUAUGCCCGUGGGCAUUACACCAUUGGCAAGGAGAUCAUUGACCUAGUGCUUGACAGGACUCGCAAACUGGCUGAUCAGUGCACUGGGCUCCAGGGCUUCUUGAUCUUCCACAGUUUUGGUGGUGGCACUGGCUCUGGCUUCACCUCCCUGCUUAUGGAACGACUCUCUGUCGACUACGGUAAGAAGUCAAAGCUUGAAUUUGCCAUUUAUCCAGCUCCUCAAGUCUCAACUGCGGUGGUAGAGCCCUACAAUUCCAUACUUACCACCCACACCACCUUAGAGCACUCUGACUGUGCCUUCAUGGUAGACAAUGAAGCCAUCUAUGAUAUCUGCCGUAGAAACCUCGAUAUUGAGCGCCCCACCUACACAAACCUCAACAGGCUGAUCGGGCAAAUCGUGUCCUCCAUCACAGCAUCCCUGCGUUUCGAUGGAGCCCUGAAUGUAGAUCUGACCGAGUUCCAAACCAACCUGGUGCCCUACCCACGUAUCCACUUCCCUCUGGCCACCUACGCCCCAGUGAUCUCUGCAGAGAAAGCCUACCAUGAGCAGCUGUCCGUUGCCGAGAUCACCAAUGCUUGCUUCGAGCCAGCCAAUCAGAUGGUUAAGUGUGACCCUCGUCAUGGCAAGUACAUGGCAUGCUGUCUGUUGUACCGUGGAGAUGUUGUUCCAAAAGACGUCAACUCUGCCAUCGCCACUAUCAAGACAAAGCGGACCAUCCAGUUUGUGGACUGGUGUCCCACUGGCUUCAAGGUGGGCAUCAACUACCAGCCCCCAACUGUGGUUCCUGGAGGAGAUCUGGCUAAGGUGCAGCGAGCCGUGUGUAUGCUGAGCAACACCACCGCCAUUGCUGAAGCUUGGGCUCGUCUAGAUCACAAGUUCGAUCUGAUGUACGCCAAGAGGGCUUUUGUCCACUGGUAUGUGGGUGAAGGUAUGGAGGAGGGUGAGUUCUCAGAAGCCAGAGAAGACAUGGCUGCCCUGGAGAAGGAUUAUGAAGAGGUGGGUACAGACAGUGUCGGAGAAGAGGGAGAGGAAGAAGGAGAGGAGUACUAAAGAAAUUCCUAAAAAAGAUAUGGCAAGAAACAUCAUAGAUCUACAUAGCUUUCACAAAUAGUAUUUUCAGAAUAUCAAAAUAUUGUUUUGUUUCCUAUGUUUGUUUAUUUGAAAGCUGUAUUUGACAUGUAUGCUCUCUGCCUUUUAAUGUCCAUGUUUUCAAGAUAUUGGGUUUUGAUUUUAAAGUGUCCAUCUGUGGGGGGUUUUUUGUUUGUUUUGUUUGUUUUUGUUCGAUGCUCAAGUAUGAACAAAUCAUCCACAUGACUCAGUCCAGCUUCCUAAGUGCAUGUGAAGUCCACCAGGGUUAAGGCUUUAUCUUUAGCCUCUAAAGAAUUAAAAUGGAUGUUUUGUUUGUUUGUUUGUUUGUUUUCACUGAGUUGGUUGUCACUUGGCUAAUAGAUUACACAAAAAUACUGGUCAUCAGCAGAUAAAAUAGCCAUUAACGCAAACACUGUAACAAACAGCAGUGACUGACAAAAAAAGUUGAGAAGUGUUACAGUGCUAACCACUACAGUGCAAAAAGCUUUUGUUUCUCGGUUUAAUUGUUCUGGGAUAACAAUAAAAGAAUGGGCAUUGCUGAGCCA